UUUUAGCCAUUCAGUUUUCAAACAAUGGCAUUAUAUAUGUUGUGGAUCUGCUUAGAUGUCAAUGGACUUGAAAACGCUUUCCUUUCAAUUAUAUAUGGGCGACUGGCUGACUGGGAUAAAUAUAUAUAACCUAUCCUAUCUUCAUCAGCACAAGCUACGUUACCAUACCGGUUAUCAUUGCAGUGUAUGGUACAUUUGUACUGUAUAUACAGUGAUCAAAUAACACUAUUCAUUACUAUAAAAACCUUUUAUGGUGAUACAUUGUGAUGCCCAUCCAGCUAAAACUCUUGAAAAACUGAAUUACCAAAGAAUUGCUUCGGAGUUUACUGACGUGACUGUGAUAGUAGCAGGCCAGCAAUUCUCCCUCCAUAAAUCACUUCUAGCUGCUUACAGCUCCCUGUUCUGUUCUGUGUUACAAGAUGUCGCCCUCGGACAGGCAACUUCAAACAUAAAUCUGGAUGGUGUAGAAGCAGGAUUUUUCUCAAUCAUUGUCGAUUUUAUUUACACUGCAAAAUUGAAUGCCACGCCCACUAAUGUCGACCAAUUGCAAGCAACUGCUCAGUUUUUACAGAUGCAAGAGGUCAUUGACCUUUGUAAUAAGUUCAAGAAAAAUGAGCGAGAAGGUAUGGUACAGAACCAUGGUGGAAAAAUUGACAGUUUUAUAGCAAAUCAGAAACAAGAUAUUUUGCAUAGAUUUACAGAAGAGAUUGAAAAUGAGAACAAACUUUCCGAAGAAUAUACUGAAGAAACAGUCGAGGGAAACGAAAAGCCCAUGACCAGCAUGAUGGUUGAAGUCUAUCAGACUACAGAUACAGGCUCCCUUGCUGAAGAGUUUGCUGCCCAGGACAAAGAAAGAUCUCCCACUCGAUCUUCUCAGAAACAAAUUUAUAGUUUGGAAGAGAUUGAUGAUGAGGCAAAGAAAAUCAGGCGAAAAGGUCGACGUCCACAAGCUCGAAUUAACUGCGAGAUCUGCAACAAAACUUUUACAAGGCCUAAAUAUGAGGUUCAUAGGCGAUCACAUACCGGUGAGAAACCAUUUCAAUGCAAUGUCUGUGAUAAGUCAUUCGUCAGUAUCUAUAACUUGAGGAUACAUGAAAGAAUUCACACAGGAGAGAGACCAUAUCCAUGUAGUUUCUGCAGCAAGACUUUCUCUGAUCCUUCUACAAUACGCAAACAUAUGUUAUGGCACAAGGGAGUGAAAAGUAAACAUUGUGAUAUUUGUGGAAAAAGUUUUUCAACAAUGACGCAAGUUAGAGAGCAUAAGCGAUCUCACACGAAAGAAAAACCAUAUGUUUGUACAGAAUGUGGCAAGGCUUAUGGAUAUAGGUGCGAUUUGAAGAGACAUAUCAGAGAACACACAGGGGAUAUGAUUGGGCCAUGUCCAGACUGUGGGAGAUACUUCAACCAUCGUGGAAAUUUUUUGUCUCAUCUUAAAACUCAUCGAAAGAAAGCAAAUCCACCACAGCUGAAGUUGCAGGACAGUGGUUUAAUGACAUCAGAUGGAAGAAUGAUUUUAAAAGCAAAGUUAUGUGAUGACACAACGCUGCGAUCCACUGUGUUGAUGUUGCCUUCUCAAGAAAGUGGCGGCAGUAACCGUGGCAAUGAGGUCACAAUGCAUGAAACAGAAAAUCAAGCUUCUAUUCCUGAUGAUGAUCAAAAGAUCUCCCAAUCUGGUGCUGAAGGUGAAAUAGAGGUUACGAUAAACGAUGGCAAACUUUAUGUGAAGCAUUCAAAUGGAACGCAGAACAGCGCAAUCCUUGAUGGAAGUCAGAUUAUAAUAAAAGAUGAAGGACUGUCUGUUGCCACGGCAACAAACCCUUCUACCGAGUGUAACACUGCUCUAAGUGCAGACCAAGUUUUGAUGCUUGUAAGGCAUGCUCAGGGCAUUGAUAUGGGUUCCUCAUCCAUCCGAUCAGAGAAGGCUGAAAACACCAAUAGUGACAUCAUAAUGGAUGGAGGCGAAGACAAAACAUUGGUUGUUGUUUCUGAUGACAUUUAACUCGUUUAUGUGAGCCUGAAAGAUUGUGGUGCUUUCAAAAAUAGUAGCUACUCUUGACCUGACUUGUCUGCUUGUCCAAAGCCUCGUCACAAUAUAAGACUAUUCAUUUCACAAAGAUUUCUAUAAAUAUAUCAUAUAUGUCUACCAAUCUUCCAGGCAGAUAUUGAAUGUACACUGGUACAUAUAAAAAUUAUUGAAUUUGAAGGCAUUUGGCAUUUGGAAUUGUUGGCAUUUGGCAAACCAGGAUCACAGGUAAACCCUGUAUGAAAUGCAUGAAUUAUAUAUCUAUCAUGUUGGGCCAACAGCUAAAUAUAUCUUUACAUUGUUUGAUUAAUAUUGUGUCAAUUACAUUAUGAGUCAACAAACUAGUACUUGAAAAGUAUGUCAGUUGCGUAGGAUUGUUGUAUUAGUAUAGUCAUGUAACUGUGUAUAUACAGUAUAUAUACAGGUGUUUGUUUCGGUAUUAUCAUACCAUUAACUCUACCGCCAUGUGUCACUAACCAAGUGCAGCCUUCAAGUUGGAGCAAAUUUAUUUAUGGGAAUUUGCUCAAACUAAGGUCACAACACGAAAAUGAUCCUCUAGUGAAGCUAUGGGUUACCACCAAAAUGUCAAGAGUCAAUUUAUGUGAUCAUCAUUAAAUUAAAUGUAUAAAAAUGAGUGUUAUUAAUUAGGAAUGGAAUAUGCAGCGGUAUACCUAGUACUGAUUUGAGAUAGAUCUUACAUUCUAGAAUGAUACACCUCUUGGAGCUUGACUCUUUAUAUAUGUGUAUUCUAUUAUCUUCUUUUAAAAAUUAAUUUUGAAUUUGAGUUAAAUUGCAUUUGAGACAAAAUCAAUUGAUCUGACAUUUUUGCAGUGUAACUGUGAAUUUUCUUUACCAGAACAUUACAUGCAUUUAUCUGAGUAUUGGUUUUGUUAAUAAUAUAUCUACUUUGGGAGGAGAGGAGAGCCAAUAAGACAUCAAUCUAGUAGCUCCCCUCAGCGACUUGGCCUGUUAGCAGUCUUAGGUAGGUGUAGGGAAAGUCACUUCAUAAUUGGAAUAUAUCAGUCCUGCACCCUUUACACUUUCAAAGGGUUUCAUUAAGUCACGAUCAGCUUUCCUCACCCAGUUAAUGCUAAAAAAAAUAUUUUAUUUCUUAUUCAUAACAUAUUGUUUAUAUUUUAUCAAAUAUGUAGCUAGCAUACUGAAAAACUAACAUAGGAAACAUGUUUCAGUUCACACUGUCUUUAUUUUGUUGCACUUGUGAAUUUGUAUAUGAACAAAACAAGAAAUGAUUUCUAAUGAUAUACCGGUUCUUGCCUCCUGCUUGUUAGUGGCUUUCAGUAUCCUAUCUUAGAACAUAUCGUUUGUAUUGUAGCAAAGUGGUAGUCUAUUUGAUAGAAUGAAAACUGACAUAGCAUAUUCAUUCUAAAUUUCAGUCGAUAAUGAAUAAUGCCUUUUUGAAGCAAAUUUUUUUUUCAUCCACAAAAAUACACUCAUGUGAAAUGCAAUCAGAAAACUCUUUCCGGAAAGAUUUUAUGUAUGUUAAAUAUGAAUUUUUAUUCUAUGCGGAAUAUUCCGUGAUGAAAAUUCUUCAUGGGUGAAAAUUUCGGGAGAUGAAUUCCUAUUAAGUAUUUUCUUGGCGCCAAUUUUGUGUAUCUUCUUUUGUUGUUACGUAUUCUAAACCGCUUUAUUAUUUUUCAG